AUGGACUUCGAAACAAGUGAAGACGUGAACGGUAUUAGAUUUGCUUGGAAUGUGUUUCCAUCAACCAGAUCCGACGCCACUAAAAACGUGGUCCCUGUCAGUUGUUUAUACACUCCAUUGAAAGAAGUUGAAGACUUACCUACUGCUCAAUACAACCCAAUCCUUUGUUCGAACCCACAAUGUAAGUCUAUUUUGAAUCCUUAUUGUUCUAUCGAUCCAAGAAACAAUUCUUGGGCUUGUCCUAUUUGUAAUUCAAGAAACCAUUUGCCUACUCAGUAUGCAAAUAUGACUCAAGAAAACAUGCCUGUUGAAUUGCAAUCCACUACUGUUGAAUAUAUUACAAAUAAGCCAAUUCAAAUUCCACCUAUUUUCUUCUUUGUUGUUGAUAUCACUACUGAAUCUGAAAACUUGGAUGCCCUAAAGGACUCCUUAAUCACUUCAUUAUCUCUUUUGCCACCAAACGCUUUGGUAGGGUUAAUCACCUAUGGUAAUGUAGUCCUAUUACAUGAUCUUUCCAGUGAAAUUAUUGAAAGAUGUAAUGUCUUCCGUGGUGAUAGAGAUUAUAAUUUAAAAGAAUUAAUUGAAAUGUUAACAGGUCAAAAGCCUUCCUCUUCUUCUGCAAACUCAAUGGUUUCCAAUAAGAUUACACCUUUCUCAUUAAAUAGAUUCUUCUUACCUUUGGAACAAGUAGAAUUCAAAUUAAAUCAAAUGUUGGAAAACUUGUCACCAGAUCAAUGGAAUGUUCCAGCAGGUCAUAGACCUUUAAGAGCUACUGGUCAAGCUUUAAAUAUUGCUUCAUUAUUAUUACAAGGAUGUUAUAAGAAUUUUGCCGCUAGAAUUAUCUUAUUUGCUUCUGGUCCAGCCACUUUUGGCCCUGGCUUGGUCGUUUCUUCAGAAUUGAAAGAUCCUUUAAGAUCUCAUAACGAUAUCGAUAAUGAUCAUGCUACUCAUUAUAAGAAAGCUUGUAAGUUCUAUGAUUCCAUUGGUGAAAGAGUUGCUGAGAAUGGUCAUACUGUAGAUAUUUUUGCGGGUUGUUAUGAUCAAAUAGGUAUGUCUGAAAUGCAAAAUAUGACAAACAAGACUGGUGGUGUUCUAUUAUUGACUGAUGCUUUCUCAACUGCUAUUUUCAAGCAAUCCUAUUUAAGAAUGUUCUCUAAGGAUGAAGAAGGUUAUUUGACAAUGGCUUUCAAUGGUACUUUAUCUGUAAAGACAAGUACCGAUUUGAAACUACAAGGUUUAAUUGGUCAUGCUUCAGCUGUUAAAAAAACCGAUACUGGAUCUCGUAAUGUAAGUGAUUCUGAAAUUGGUGUGGGUGGUACUUCCACUUGGAAAAUGUCUUCAUUUUCUCCACAACAUACUUUUGCUGUGUUUUUUGAAAUUACAAACGUAUCUGCUGGUGCAGCUAUGCAACAAUCAAGAAAUGGUGAUUCUACACGUUUAGCUUAUACUCAAUUUAUCACUACAUAUCAACAUUCUUCAGGUGCUAACCGUAUCAGAGUCACUACUGUGGCUAAUCAAUUGUUACCAUUUGGUUCUCCAGCUAUUGCUGCCUCUUUCGAUCAAGAAGCAGCUGCUGUCAUCAUGGCAAGAAUUGCUGUUCAUAAAGCUGAGUCAGAUGAUGGUGCCGAUGUCAUUAGAUGGAUCGAUAGAACUUUAAUUAAGUUAUGUCAAAAAUAUGCUGAUUAUAAUAAAAAUGAUCCUUCUUCAUUUAGAUUGGCUCCAAACUUCUCUUUGUAUCCACAAUUUGCAUAUUAUUUAAGAAGAUCUCAAUUCUUAAGUGUUUUCAAUAAUUCACCAGAUGAAACUGCAUUCUAUAGACAUAUUUUUACAAGAGAAGAUACCACAAACUCUUUAAUUAUGAUUCAACCAACUUUAACUUCUUUCUCCAUGGAAGAUGAACCACAGCCUGUCUUAUUAGAUUCCAUUUCAGUAAAACCAAAUACCAUUCUAUUAUUAGAUACUUUCUUCUUUAUUCUAAUAUAUCAUGGUGAACAAAUUGCUCAAUGGAGAAAAGCAGGUUAUCAAGAUGAUCCUCAAUAUAGUGAUUUUAAAGCUUUACUGGAGGAACCAAAAUUAGAAGCUGCUGAAUUAUUAGUCGAUAGAUUCCCAUUACCAAGGUUCAUCGAUACUGAAGCUGGUGGAUCUCAAGCUAGAUUCUUAUUGUCAAAAUUAAAUCCAUCUGAUAAUUACCAAGAAGCUACUCACGGUGGUUCAACUAUCGUCUUAACUGAUGAUGUCUCUUUGCAAAAUUUCAUGACUCAUUUGCAAACAGUAUCCGUUAGUGGCCAACAAUGA